AGGCGACAGAGAUGUUGACCAUCUCUGUCUUAAGGAAUAUAAUUUGCAAACAUUCACUAACGGAAGUACUUGCGCUUCGAGAGUCAAUUAGUCUGCAGGUGAAGACUGAAGUGGCAAGAGCGGCAGCUGAGUGGGGCGUCAAAAUAGAACAAGUUGAAAUAAAAGACAUUGGAUUACCAGUGGAACUACAAAAAGCUAUGGCAGCUGAAGCCGAAGGAAGACGAAUUGCGAAAGCAAACAUUAUUGCUUCUGAGGGGGAAGUAAAAACCGCUGAGUACAUACAAGAGGCGUCAAAAACGAUGAUGGAAAAUCCAAAAAUCAUGCUGCUAAGAUACCUGCAAACUCUUAACGCAAUCGCAGCGCAGCAAUCGACUUCUAUAUUUUUCCCGUUUCCUCUUCAAAUACCAGACGUGAUUUAAAAUGAGAACCCUUUUUGAAUCAAAUCGUAAUGUAUAUAUUAUCUUCUUUCUUUUAUGUCAUUCUCAUAAGUCAAUGUGUCACAUCCGUCAUAAGAUAAAAAUACGUCUCAACUUUUGUAGAAAUCCUACUGUAACUUACUAAAUAGAUUUGAAUGGUUAAUUAUAUGAAAAUGCAAUCCUCGGCUGUUAGUUCUGAGAGUGGGGUUUAUCAAGAUUAUACGCGUGCAAGAC